UUUCAUGAAAAGCCUAAGUUAAAAAAUAAAAAUUCAUGCGCACAACAACAAUACACAUCAUUCAUUAGUAAAUUGUUAAAAUGGAGGCUACUGCAUUAACAAAAGAAAUUUUAGACAAAUAUCGUUCAACAUUUUAUCAAGAUUCAAAAAACAUCUUAGCGCAAAAUGUUUGUUCCCGAAUAGAUCCAUUCGAUGUAUGUUUAGUACGAAAACAAGUCGAACAACCUUUACAUAUUUUUCAACAUAAGGUGGAGAGUGAAGGUAAACCAGUUACAAAUCAAAAAAAUUCUGGAAGAUGCUGGCUAUUUGCAGCGUUAAAUUGUAUGCGUAUACCAUUAAUGAAAAGUUUAAAUAUAGAUGAAUUUGAAUUCUCCCAAGCGUAUUUAUUCUUUUGGGAUAAAAUAGAACGUAGUAACUUUUUUUUAAAUAACAUUGUUGAAACGGCUAAACGUAAUGAACCAAUCGAUGGUAGAUUAGUUUCAUUUCUUUUAAAUGAUCCAAUUUCCGAUGGUGGACAAUGGGACAUGUUGGUGAAUUUAAUUAAUAAACAUGGUUUAAUGCCAAAGAAAUGUUUUCCAGAAACGUUCAGUUGUGAACAAAGUGUUCGGUUGAAUGCAAUUUUAAAGAGCAAAUUACGGGAAUUUGCAAAAGAAUUGCGAGAUAUGGCUGCUAAUGAUAGCACCGAUGAAGAAUUACAAGCUAAAAUUGAUAAACAAAUGUCUACAGUUUAUCGAGUUGUUGGAAUAUGUUUAGGUAUUCCUAAUGAUACUUUCACAUGGGAAUAUUAUGAUAAAAGUAAAAACUAUCAAUCAAUUGGACCUAUUUCACCUUUAGAAUUUUAUACCAAAUAUGUUAAACCUGUUUUUAAUGUUGAUGAUAAAAUUUGUCUUGUAAACGAUCCACGAGAAAAUAAUAAAUUUGGUCAAGCGUAUACCAUAGAUUUAUUGGGUAAUGUUGUGGGUGGCCGACCAAUUAUAUACAAUAAUCAACCAAUUGAAUUAUUAAUGAAAUUAGCUGCAGAAAGUAUUAAAAAUGGUGAAGCUGUUUGGUUUGGUUGUGAAGUAGUUAAACGAUUAGCAUCAAAACCGGGCAUUGAAGAUUUAGAAAUACAUAAUUUUAAAUUGGUCUUCGGUACUGAUAUACAAUUAGGAAUGUCUAAAGCUGAUCGUUUAUUAUACGGCGAAUCAAUGAUGUCUCAUGCUAUGGUAUUUACAGGUGUAUCUUUUAAGGGUAAAGAAGUAACAAAAUUCCGUGUUGAAAAUUCAUGGGGUGAAGAUCGCGGUGAGAAAGGUUAUUUUAUGAUGACUGCUAACUGGUUCAAAGAAUUCGUAUUUGAAGUGGUUGUCGACAAAAAAUAUGUAUCAAAAGAAGUUUUAGAUGUGCAAAAUAAACCACCAAUUGUGUUACCAGCAUGGGAUCCAAUGGGUACACUUGCCAAUUGAAAGUACAAAUGUACAUUUUAAUUAAUUAAUUAUAAAUAUUAUAAAUAUAAAAAAGUAAUUUAAGUAAACUUUUAAAAAACAAAAAUAAACAAUAUAAAAACGUACUGAUUAAGAUAAGCAUUUAUUGCGUUUUUAUUACAAAUCAAACUCAACAAAAAGAAAAAAGAAAAACAUUUUGAUG